AUGAUCCAGCGUCGCCGACCAGCACCCAGUUCCACGCCAAGUUCAGGCCCGGGAUCAGGCUUCUCCUCCCCCGCGCUCACACAGCAGAAUACAGCCUACCAGCCUCUGCAGCACGACAGUCCCUCCACCCCGCCUCGAUUCGGGCACGCGCCAGCCUUCACGCCGCGGGCCAACCAUAUGCACAACGGGAGUCUGGGGAACGGCAAUGGGUUCAACGGAUUCAGUCCCAUGAUGGGGUCUAGCAGGGGCGGAUUUGGGGGGAUGACGGGUUUGGGCCAAUAUGUCGAGGAGAACGAAUCUGGCCCGAUGGCUAGGAGAGUUGGAAGACAGGUGCAAGCGGGGGUUAGGGAUAUGGCCGAGUUGGGCCGGAGCUGGAGUCUGGUCUGGGGCGACCCCGAACUCCGCACGCGCGUCCUGAAAGUGACGACGAUGAACCUGAUCUCCUUGCUCUUGCUCUCCCUCCUCCCGCUCAUGGCCCCGGUGCUGAGCCAGAGCUCGCGCGCAGCAAGAGUCGGGUUCUGGUACAAUGUGCUCCUGAACUGGCCCAUGUUCGCUGUGUGCUUUGCGGUGAAUGCAUACUGGGGCCCGGGGGUCGCGAAGCGUGCCCAGAGCGUGAUGCAUCCGGCCUCAUCCACGUCCGAACUCCCCGCCCCGCCCUCGACCGCGCUCCUGACGCUCACCCGUCUCCUGCUCAUUGGCGACUUUACGCUCGUCUCGCGCUCCAUCGCGCUGGUUCCGAUCGUUGGACGUCCCAUCGCACUGGCCUACAUGGCCCUCGUUAAUGCGUACUAUGCGUACGAGUGGAUAUUCGCGAACCGCGACUGGCCCCUUGCGCGGCGGUGCGCGUACAUCGGCGACAGGGCUGCAUACAUGUUUGGUUUUGGUGAGUCACAGGUCUUCACGCUGUGCUGCUCUGCAUCUGGGGCGGUAUGCGUCACUCCGCGUCACUCCGCCUCGCUUCGCUCGUCUCCGCUGACACCCAGGCCUCAUCCCAACCCUCCUGACCAGCUUCUUCCCCCGCUCAUCAACAUGGCAAUCUUCACGCUCCUCUACCCCUUCCUUCUCAUCCAGGCUCUGCACUCCCGCCCCCCGGCUGCUGGUGACGUAUUACCAGCAGGUUCGGGCGGGGGGCAAGAUGACUCGGGUGCGGGUGCGAUCAGCCCGGCUUUGGGCGUCCGAGUACCCAUCUUCAUGCUCGCGCAGAACGCGCUGGUUGGCGCUGAGUGGCUGCUCGCUGCUGUGGGGAGGGAGAGGGGCGGCGCGCUCGAAGGCCUGAGGGAGAAGAUGGGCGGGAAGUAUUGA